UUCCAGACAGACACGUUCGUAUUCCAUUCCAGACAGACAGUCACCGUUUCUUUCUCGUUCUUUCCAGUUUGUCUUUCGGUCGUUGAGUGAUCCCAACAGCCUCACAAAACCUUCAACUUUGCAACACGAUCAUUCUACAAAUCAUCGAUUCUAUCUAGAAAAUAUAUUGUGCAUUGGAAGCUGUUUCGGAUUCUGGUUGAAGGAUUGAAGUGGGAUUGUUUGUGAGUAGAGGAGGAUGGCUUGUAGGGGUUGUUGGGAAUGUGUUUUGAAGCUUUUGAACACCUUACUGACCAUUACUGGUCUAGCAAUGGUGGGAUAUGGGAUUUAUCUCCUGGUUCAAUUUGGUAAAGCUCCGGAUAACUAUUUGACCGUUGAUACUGGCAGUGCUGAUCAAACUUAUGUUCUACUUAGCCGACCGAUGCUUAUGGCGUUGCCUCUUUCCAACAACUUUUUUGAUGAUUUGCCCAAGGCCUGGUUUAUUUACUUAUUCAUUGGAGUUGGGGCAGUUCUCUUUGUUAUUUCUUGUUUUGGUUGUAUUGCAUCUGUGACACGGAAUGGAUGCUGCCUGAGCUGUUAUUCGGUUUUGGUGGUUUUGCUGAUCUUAGUAGAGCUUGGAUGUGCAGCCUUUAUAUUUUUCGACAAAAACUGGAAAGAGGAAAUUCCAAGGGACAAAACUGGAAAUUUUAAUAUGCUAUAUGAUUUUCUGAGAGAGAAUUGGACUAUUGUGAAAUGGGUUGCGCUUGGAAUUGUUAUCUUUGAGGCUCUUCUUUUCAUCUUAGCCCUUAUUGUCCGGGCUGCCAAUAGGCCAGCAGAUUACGAUAGUGACGAAGAGUUCAUUAAUCCAAGGCAGCAAGCCCGCCAGCCUUUGCUGAAUAAUAGACCAGCAGGCCCUGCACCAGGUGUACCAGUUACUGGCACAGUUGACCCACGUUCCAACAGAAAUGAUGCAUGGAGUGCAAGGAUGAGGGAGAAGUAUGGUCUGGAUACAUCAGAAUUCACAUACAACCCGUCUGAGUCACAUAGGUUCCAGCAAGUAAACGCACAACCAACUGAAGAGAGGAGCCGUUGUACCAUAAUGUGAUCACUCCAAAGUCUGAAGAUUGUUAUUGUUGUGGGCAAUGGAGUUGAAGCUAGAAGUUUGUGAGAAAAACAAGUGUUGAUUAAUUCUGUAUAUGAAUCCUAAUAUACUGGUUCUCCAUCACUUUUUUCUUCUCUAUGACAUAAAACAUAUCAUUUUGUUGUGUAUAACAUUUUCUUGAGUGAGAAACCAGCAUCAUAGUUAAGGGAGUAAACUACGUUAUUCAUAAUGUCUGUAUUUUAGGGUGAUCACCCUUAGUUUGAGUCAAAUGUAUUUCUGUGAGGCUACUUCCACACCAGUUAAAAUACAUCACCUGCAUUAUGGUGUUUAUUUUUGUGUGCUAAAGUCUCUACUAGCCAUUUCUGUUAGUGUGUGACAUGUAACAUGUAAUACUCUAUUUUAGAUUUUCUCCUGUAACUUGUGCUAGUGAAUGGUUAACGCCUAACUGCUAGUGUUUGAAAUGGUAAACUGUUGUAUAUACA